AUGACAAGCUUCGGUAGAAGGACUUGGGAUCGUGCAGAAUAUGCGGCUUUGGAGCGUGCUACCCACGAUCAAGCCAGCUCAAAAUUCGAUGAGUUAACGUCUGAUGAGCUUUCACUACUCAAAUCUAAGUUUUCAGACCACAAGACGCUCAUAGAAAGCGUGACACAAGACUCUAAUCGUCGUGUUUUGACUACUGGUGCCUCGACUUACAAGAAGGGUAAACAGUUUGGGUUUUAUUGCGAUCUGUGCGAUCUGACGUUUAAGGAUACACUCCAGUACGUGAACCAUUUAAAUCAUAAGUCGCACCAGAUUAAAUUUGAAAAUGUAUUUGGAGAGCCCUUAAUCUACGACACUCGGGACGACGAAGAAGUUCCGCGGCAGGAAUUUGAACAGUGUUAUGAGCGGAUCGUGGACGAUUUUUUGAAGAAGGCGCAGGUCCGGACAAGAACUCCUAAAAAGAAGAGCCUUAGGCCCGCUCCAAAGACGAAUGCCGCGUCCGAGGCAGCGCCCGGGGUAUCUUCAAGCGUCGCUGGUGUCAUGGGCUUUCAAGGUUUUGGAAGCACCAAAAAAUCAUAA